GUCCUGUUGGAGCAAAGAGAAUCGUAUCCAUGGUCGCCACGCGCCGGUCCUUGCGUCUGUCCCUUGGUGGGACCGAGUCGACGGCGUCGGCGUCGCCGCCUCCGAGGCGCGCGUCCCGCGGCAAGGCUGCGGCCGCCACCGACGCAUCGAAGGAAGCUGAGGUCGUCAAGAGCGAGGCCAAGGCCGCCAAGAAGACGGCCAAGAAGACGGCCGACGAUGUUGCGCCCAAGGCCCGCGCCCCGCGCGCCAAGCGCGCGACCCGCGCAUCCCUGUCCAAGUCCGACAUUGACGCACUUGCGCAAGUGGCGCAGGAGGUUGCCGCGAAGGAAGCCGCCGAAGAAGAUGCGGCCAAGCACGACGCGUCGGCCCGCGCUACGAUGGAGGUCAUCGACAUCGUUUCGGAAGAUGAUACGGCGGUCGAUGAGACUGACGAAGCGAAGACCUUAGUACGUGACGAGGCUGUUGUUGUCGACGUCUCGGCCCAAGAAGAAGACGCCUCGGCGCACGAAGAAGAUGUCUCGGCCCACGAAGAAGAUGUAUCGGCCCAGGAAGAUGACGUCUCGGCCGAGGAGAUCGAAUCCGCCGAAGAUAUGGCUGCGGAUGGCAUCGAGUCAGCUGAAGAAGCGGAUGUUAAAGCCGAAUCAGCCCAAGACGUUGUCGUCGACACGUCGGCCGACGAAGUCACGGCGGACGAGACGACUGCGGACGAGUCCAUGGGCGACGAAGCCGCUGCGCAAGAAGAGGUCGAGGAAGAAGCGUCGGCGGUCGAGGAAGAUGAGCACAUUGCAAUGGCCCCUGCCUCGGACGACGAAGAAGCGGACGAAGAGCACAUUGCGAUGGCGCCGGCCGCCGCCGACGACGCGUCACCCGAUGCCGACAUGGAAGAGGACGAUGACGACGACGAUCUCAACGCAUUGGUGGGCAUGGCCAUGGCGAGCUUCCAGGCGCCGCCGCCGACGUCGACGACCGCGACGUCGGAGGCGCCGCUGGCGCUGGUCCCGAGCACGCUCGAGAGCGGCGUGUCGUACGACAAUUUGUACAUGAAGUUCAACGGCCGCAAGUGCGCGCGCGGUGCGGAGCUCGUGCCGGAGCGCAAGCUGACCGAAGAGGUGUCGCAGCUGCACAAGCAGGCGGCGUACAAAGCCAAGAUGGACGCGGCCAACUCGGGCGCCCAUGAGAAGAAGGUGUCGCAGGACCGCAUCCAGACGAGCCACAAGUGGUUCAACAUGACGUCCAACGAGAUGACGGCCGAAGCGAAGCGCGACAUGCAGCUCAUCAAGUUGCGUAACUACCUCGACCCGAAGCGCUUCUACAAGUCGAGCGACCACAAGAAGGGCAACCUCCCCAAGGUGUUCCAGGUCGGCACGGUCAUUGAGGGCGCGGCCGAGUACAAGUCGAACCGCCUCUCGCGCAAGGAGCGCCAGCAGACGUUUACGGAGGAAAUCAUGCACGACCAAGCGAUCCGAUCGUAUACGAAGCGCAAGUUCAAGGACAUCCAGGCUGCGCGCGCCAACACGUCCAAGCACAAGAAGCCUUUCAAGAAGGCCAAGCACUACAAGUAAAUAGAUGAUGAUGAUAAUAUGAUGAAGACGAUUAGACCCUG